UAGACUGGAGAUGGCGGCUCGCUUCUGAUCACCAAAGGUGCAUCUCUGCUGACCAGAAGCGGCGAGACAGGAGGUGCAAUGCUGCCAACGCAGCGGCGGUGAAGCAGCGGCUCCUCCUCAUUCCCAUUCUGAGCGUGUGUGAGCAGGCUGCUCUCUGCAGGUACACACUCAGCCUGGCACUUCACCGGACCCUGGGAACACACACGAGCCACGGCCAUGGCUGCUGAAGGCGAGUUGCUGCAGAUGCAGAGCAUGGAACAUUACAAAGCUGAGAUCGAGAGGUUGGCCAAGGAGCUAACGGAGACGACCCACGAGAAAAUCCAAGCUGCAGAAUAUGGGCUGGUGGUUCUGGAGGAGAAACAGUCGCUGAAGCAGCAGUACGACGAGCUGGAAAGCGCCUACGAGACAGUCAAACAUGAGCUGGAACAGCUGAAAGAGGCAUUUGGACAGGCAUAUUCAAACCAUCGUAAAGUUGCAGAAGAUGGGGAGACCCGUGAAGAGACCCUCCUGCAGGAAUCUGCCUCAAAAGAGGCCUAUUACCUCAGUAAGAUUCUGGAGCUACAGACAGAGCUGAAACAAGUCAGGACAGUUGUGGUGAAUGUCCAGUCUGAAAAUGAACGACUCAGCGCUGUUUCUUUGGACCUCAGAGAGAAUAAUGAAAUGUUGGAGCUGCAAAGACUAAGGAUGAAAGAUGAGAUCCGAGAGUACAAGUUUCGUGAAACGAGGCUUCUGCAGGAUUACACUGAGCUGGAAGAAGAGAACAUUACUUUGCAAAAACUUGUCUCAACCCUCAAGCAAAAUCAGGUCGAGUAUGAAGGCCUCAAACAUGAAAUUAAACGCCUGGAAGAGGAGACAGUAUUGCUCAACAGCCAGUUAGAAGAUGCUAUCCGGUUAAAGGAGAUUGCUGAACAUCAGCUGGAAGAAGCUUUGGAAACCUUAAAGAAUGAGCGUGAACAGAAGAACAAUUUGCGCAAAGAGCUCUCACAGUACAUCAACAUGAGUGACAGCAUGUACAACAAUCACAUAAACAUUGCAGUUGAUGGGCUAAAGUUCUCAGAGGAUGGCAGUGAGCCAAAUAAUGAUGAAAAAGUGAAUGGACACAUUCAUGGAUCUUUGGUAAAACUUAAUGGUGAUUACCGAACUCCAACUACCAGAAAAACUGACAGCCCAGCUCUAGUCUCGGAUCUGUUCAGUGAGCUCAACAUUUCAGAAAUGCAAAAACUUAAGCAACAGCUUAUACAGGUAGAGCGGGAAAAGGCCAUCCUCUUGGUCAAUCUUCAGGAAUCGCAGACACAACUGGAACAUACUAAGGGAGCACUUACCGAGCAACAUGAACGGGUUCACAGUUUGACAGAACACGUCAAUGCAAUGAGGAGGCUUCAGGUCAACAAGGAGUUAAAGACGAACCUGGAAAAUGAGAAAGGACGGGAAUCUGGAGAAGAAACACAUGAUUAUGAGGUGGACAUAAAUGGACUGGAGAUUCUUGAAUGUAAAUACAAAGUAGCAAUUACAGAGGUCAUCGAUCUCAAAGCUGAACUCAAAAGCUUGAAAGAAAAAUACAAUAAAUGUGUGGAGACCUACACAGAGGAGAAAACAAAAUAUGAAAAUCGUGUGCAAGAGCUGGAUCAGCAAGUGAGCUGUCUGGAGAAAAUAAACAAAGAAUACAAUGAAAAAGUAACACAUUUUGAAACAGAGAUCAAAACACUGACAGACAUGGCAAAUGACGGGCAUAAUACACUCAACACAGCCCAGGAUGAACUAGUAACUUUUAGUGAGGAACUUGCACAGCUCUAUCACCAUGUUUGCUUGUGUAAUAAUGAAACCCCAAACAGGGUCAUGCUGGACUAUUACAGACAAAGCAGGGUCACCCGCAGUGGAAGUCUGAAAGGACCGGAUGACCCAAGGGGUAUAUUGUCUCCGCGACUUGCCCGCAGGGGCAUGGCCUCACCGGUUGACUCGAGAAAUUCACCAGACCAUUCCCCAAAAGACAAAAUGGAAGUUGGUAAAGAAAACGCACAACAGAGCCCUACAAAAGUGGCCAGCACCACGGUCUCACCUGUAAUAACCGCUCCACCUUCUUCCCCUGUCUCUGACACGAGUGACAUCAGAAAGGAGCCAAUGAACAUCUACAACCUGAACGCUAUCAUAAGGGAUCAGAUAAAACAUCUGCAGAAGGCAGUCGACCGAUCUCUCCAACUGUCACGGCAGAGGGCAGCUGCCCGGGAGUUGGCACCAAUGAUUGAUAAGGAUAAAGAGGUUCUGAUGGAAGAGAUCCUGAAACUGAAAUCACUGCUCAGUACAAAACGUGAGCAGAUAGCAACUUUACGCACAGUUCUGAAGGCCAAUAAGCAGACAGCAGAAAUUGCCCUGGCAAACCUGAAGAGUAAAUAUGAAAAUGAGAAAACCAUGGUGACCGAGACAAUGAUGAAACUGCGAAACGAACUCAAGGCCCUGAAGGAGGAUGCAGCGACCUUCUCGUCCUUACGUGCCAUGUUUGCCACCAGGUGUGAUGAAUACGUGACACAGCUGGAUGACAUGCAGCGGCAGCUGGCAGCGGCCGAGGAUGAGAAGAAGACGCUGAACUCCCUGCUGCGUAUGGCGAUUCAGCAGAAGCUAGCCCUUACGCAGCGGCUCGAGGACCUGGAGUUCGACCACGAGCAGUCUCGGCGGAGCAAAAGCAAGCCGGGGAAAAGUAAAGCUGGCAGUCCUAAAUUUUUUAUAGAUUGUCAGCAGCCUGCUGCCUCCAUAUCGCCACACUACUCACAACUAGAGAGAGGAUGUGACUCAGAGACUGAAAGUCCUAAUAUAGCUCUCCAGGAAGAGCACUCACAUUCCAGAUCAAAAUGUGUUCCUCUCAGAUGUCUUUCUAAGCCUCCUCCCCAUUCCUAGUCAUGCCACGGGAUGUCAUCCUCUGGAGAAUGAAUCAGGAUGCCUCUGGUACUAAUGCAUCACUGGGAAAGUCCUGAGUUUUCUACUCUGUUGCUUCAUUGCUGAGCCCGAUUCCUCUGGAUAGUGGGAGCAAAGGAGAUAAUAUUGAGAAACAAGACACAUGAAGCACAGAGAAUCACCUGUUUGAAAGACUUCUUUUGCAGCUUAUUCUCCCCUCCUACAGUCUAUUACUUUGAAGUAUGAAAACUAACCAACUUCUGUGAAAUAGGAUAGCUUACAGUUGCUUGGUUUUGCCUCUGAAACGUAAGUGGGAGAGUGAGAAAAGGGGACAGAAAAAUGGACUAAUGGAAUUAGUCUACAUCUGAUCAACAUCAGUCACUUAGCAUCUGUGAUCAGCCACAACAAUUGAUUUCAAUGUGUGUUUCAGCAACUUUGGUAGCAUGUGGUGAUACAUUUACUUUGAAAGUUUAAGUCCAAACCAAUGCUUCAAUAUAUGGUGCACUUAUAUGUUUGUUUUUUUUAAAAUUUAUUGGAUGAUCUUUCUUAGGACAAUAAUUUAUUAUUUGAAGAUGUUAUGAUUGUUUAAAAAAAUGGAUUUUGGCACAAUUAGCAUUCUUAGGCUACAGUGCUACUAUGGCCGGAAUGUGCCACUGUAAUCGUGCAGUGGUGAAGCUGACAAUUGUGAACUGAGUGUUAGUCAUUCAUGACUAUUUGUGGUCCUGCUAGAGGUGUGUCUCUGCAUUUUUAUUUGUUGAUAUGUUACUGCAUUUAACUUGUUAAUGGAUGCCAAUUUGAUUUGUACCUUUUUUCAUAAAAUAGAGUAAUAGAGUAUUUAAUGUUGGGGGCUGGUGCUAAAUGGAACUGAAAAUUGCUUGAUAUGCCACAUUUUUUAAGACUAUUACUAUCAUUGUUAUUAUCAUAAGACCUUGAAGCAUCUGGGCCACAGUAUCAUUAAAUUGGUGCUUUUGUUGUGCAAAAAUCAAGACAGUAUAUUUUCCAUAAUAUUUACAGAAUACUGGUCAACAAGGACGACAGUGAUUAAAUUGGCUACAAGCAGUUUUCUAAAUCAGAUGCAAGGGCUUGGAACAUCUACCUUUGAGUAUGAAGUCUUGAUUGUAUUAUAACUUUUACAUCUUGGUGAAUCCAUCCAAGAAUCCCUUUAGUAUAUGGAGUCACUGCUUCAGAAAAAUUAAAGCCAAUCCUUGAAAUAAAUGGAAGCUAACCAUGGAAAGAAAGUGUGGUGAGUCUCUUCCCAUGCUAUUCAAGCAGACUAUAGUGGAUCAACAUUAAUAAGAGACUGCAGGGAUGUCAGUAUGAAUCAGAGAACAAAUGUUAGGGGCAUUUAUGAUAAUGUAUGUACAGAUAAUGAUGGGAACACAUGGAUUUAUGUUCACCUUUGCCCUUUAUUCUUGUUAUUAUCAAUUCUCUUUCCAUUUAGUGGAAGAAACCAAAUGUUUCCAUUGUUAGAGGUUUGAUUUUCUUGUUAUUACAAGGAUGGCAACAAAAUCUGUCAAUCACUUUGCUGCCAGCUUUGUGUCUGACUGGGUUCAUUAGUUGUAUGCUUCAUGCCCAAUCAUAUUGCAGUAUUGUAAUUAAUUGAUUUUUUUAUUUCUAUAAAUUGGCACCAUUUUGUCAUUCCCUAUUUCUGUCAACACAAUUCUAGGAAUAUUAGAGAAGUAUGUGGAGGUGGUUUAGUGGUAUUAUUGCUCGACUAUUAAUCCAGAGACCCAGGUAAUAUUCUGGGGAUCUGGAUUCAAAUCCCACCAUGGCAGAUGGUGGAAUUUGAAUUCAAUAAACAUCUGGAAUUAAGAGUCUAAUGACAACCAUGAAACCCAUUUGGUUCACUAAUGUCCUUUAGGGAAGGACAUCUACACCUUUACUUGGACUGGCCUACGUGAGUCCAGAUCCACAGACAUUCUUAACUGCCCUCUGGACAAUUAGGGAUGGGUAAUAAAUGCUGAUCUAGCCAGUGAUGUUCACAUCCCAUGAAUGAAUUUUAAAAAACCACUGUUUAUAGUGUAUACACAAUACAAAAAAUCCUUUGUGCUGCGUGACCUUAUGUUUGCCAUGAAAACGACUUCAUUCCAUCAGUUUGCUUUGAUGAAGUGUUGUUCUCAGCUCAGCUAUCAUGAGGCAAUGGAAUACAUAAUAUCCGUCUGUUUGAAGAAUAACAGUAAAACAGAGGGCUAUGUACUGUAUCGAAAUGCAUGUGUCAUUCAGUAUUAAGUUAUCGCACUGACAAUUUAACAUGAGUUUUCUGGUAAUACUUUUUUGAGAAAGUAUUGAUAGCUUUUUAUAGCAUAAACUGUAACAUAUCGCUUUCUGUGAUUAAAGCAACAAGCAUCAAACCUAUGAAGAAAAUAAUGUUUCUCAAAUAUAUAAAAGCUGUCAUGAACUAAGGUAGGAAAACUGCUUUGAUCAAUUGUGGUGUCCACUUGGAAAGUCAGCUCCAGUCUGCUCUCCACUUUUGGGUCAAAGGCCUGGAACUGCCUCCCCAUCAGCACUGUGGGUGUACCUACACCACAUGGAAGCAACGUCCUACCGCCUUCUUGAGGGCAAUUGGGAUGGACCAUAACUGCUAGUUUUGUCAAUGACACCCAAAAAAGACUACUAUUCAUUGCCAUCAGGCACAAAGAUGUGUUGUCACUCUGCCAGGCCAUGAUUUUAAGCAGGUUUUGACUGCAAUAGUUAUACUAAGUUUUAUGCAGCCCUGAGACAGUUAAAGUGAGAUCAACCUUAGAAUCGCUUGAGCAAUAAAUUGAUGACUGUUCUGUUGCUCUGACAAGAGAACAUUUCUGUCCUCUUCAGAGUCGUAAUUUUGACAAGAACGCAUGCUCUGUUACCUUUGGUUUUUCAAGUUUUGCAUUUUUAAAAAGAUGGUACUUUCUGCUGACAGAGUGCACCUAUUUUUAUCAUAUAUUAAAACACUAAAAAAUGAAGGUUGUCACUACAGUUGUACAUUCCUUGCCCUCAAGUUGUAGUAUGUUACCAUUAUAAUUGACCACAAUUUUAAAUACCGUGUGGGAUACUUUGCAGUUUCUUUUCUUGCCCAUGAGUGAAAGGAAAUAUGAAAAUAUAUUUAUUGUAGUUGAUUCUCAGUCAAAGUUAAAACAUUGCUGUGAGGAUAUCCUCAAUUGGACUGGACAACCACUGAUUGAAUUUGACCAAAGUUCAAAAUCUACGCACAAUAAGUUAUGUUACUGUGUAUGUAAAGAGCAAACUGGUUGCAACUAAAGUUAAAACUGUUUGCAAUAUCUAUUUUUAUAUUUAAGUUCCAUUAAGAUAUGUUAAGAAAUAUAAAGUUUUCCAUGAUGUCCAGCUGGAAUGUUAAAUAUAUUAUAUGUGGCUAAGAAGCUGGACGCCACAAAGUAGCGAAUUGGGUUAAACAGCCAAUCUGACAAUGUUAAAAAUGUUAGUGCAAUAUUAAUGUUCUGUCACUUGAUGUCACCAGCAUAUUAGAGAAAACUUUAAAGUUCAUUUUCCUGUCUGGUAACGUAAGUCACAGAGGAAAAUGUAUUUCUUUGUCAUACGUAAAAGCACACGAAAAGGCAUUAAGGGCAAAACACCAUUUCUGCAUCAGUUUCUUUUCACUUUGACUGAAUCCAACAUAUAUUUGAAAUACUGAAUUUGAAAUCUGAGGGACAAAGGACUUCAAAAUCCUAGAGAUAACAAUGGCCAUUCAAAUAUUCUUCCAAAAUAUUUCAUUGUACAAUUAAAUUUUAAGAAUUAUUGGGAUCUUUGAAUUAAAUAAAUGUGAUUUUUAAUUAUAUUCUGAUCCAAAACUAAAUUAGAAUCUUUAUUUGGUCAUUUAUCCUCAUCAUUUUCUAUCCCAUAUUUAUUUGAGCAGCUAGCUCAAGAGCUCUAAUUGAAAGUACAUACUUACUGAGAGUGGAUUAAAAGCAACUGCAUACAUUUAGCUUCUUUCUCUGCCUCUCCUCCCCCCUCCCCCCCCCCCCCCGCCAUUUCUUAUCUAAUAGAAUAGCUUGAGUUUAAAAUAUCAAUGCUGUUGACAUUAUAACCUUUAUAUUACCAUUAUAUUUAUAUCUAAGUUCUCAGGGUUGGCAAGGUCAUACACACAAGGCAAAUAUAUUUCUCAAUUUUCCACUGGACAAGGUGAUCAUGUUGUAGAACAAAGAAACAUCAACUACUCUAGAACUAUUUCUUCAGCAAUUUUACCACAUUUUAAAUGUGUUGUUUAAUGGUGAACUCCCAUCCAGUCCUGAUUUAGGACAUUAUGCUGUUUCUGUUAUUUUAGCUUGUGCCUUGUAGAUUUAUGCUCUUGUCUCAACAAGCACACAUGAUGUUCUUCCGAAUUCCAAGACUAAACCUAAGCCUUGUCUAACUGUUUCUCAUGUGAUUGUUUAAAAACAAACUCUCUGUUCACUGUCAGUGGCAAGUUUGUGUAAACAAGUGUUCUUCCUCCUACAUAACGAUACGGUAUUAAUGCUGUGCUUUUCUAGAUAGUUGUGCCCUUGCUUGCUGUUGCUUUAGGACUACCUGUCAAGUCCCAGUAUGUAAAACACAGCCAAUGGAUUAUAUAAUGUAUGCAUUGCAGCCUUAUGAAAACAGCAUCAUAAACACCAACAGCUAUGUCACACACCAAAACUGGUGAUGUAAAAUAAUUUCAUCCUACAUUUUGGCUUGUUGACAACUUAUUGACUGUGGAGCAUACCACCAUGAUGCAAUUUGUGCAAUUUUGUGUUGCUAUAGUCUUUUCUUAAAUCUGAGCCUUAUUUAAAAUAACAUAAGCUUCCAAUUUGAAUGUUUUCAUUGGGUUACCAAAUAUUUCUAUAAAUAUUUAAAUCUUGCCAUCUCAUUCAAGAUUACUUAACCUUUUACAUUUAAUUUGUGAGAAUGCCACUUUGUUUAGGAACAAGAAAUGACAAUUCUACCAAAAUAAAAUUUUUGUAGAUCAAUGUGACAUAGCUUUUCCACAUCAUAAUUUUAUCUUGCUGGAACCAUAACUCCAGUAAAAUUGUAUAGCUUUACUUUACAUAGUAAAGAUUAUAUUUGUUUCUUGGCCUUAGAAUCCCAUGGUUUUCAUUUUCCGUAAGAUCAAGAGAAGCCAAUCACUUUUUAAAAUGUUUCUGCCACUGUUAGUAUGAAGACAUCUGGAUCUUGACAGUGGCCAUGACUUGGAAACGUACAGGUCUGUGUGUUCCUUCUCUGAUCUAUGCCCUUUGCCCCGACUUGCAGGCCACUGGGUGAAGCACAUAACCAACUACAUGAACAAACCAAUUAAAUUCUCCAUUUUGACUUUUGGUAUUACAAAAUGAGAGCCUUCUAAGAGUCCAAAUCAGAGAUUUUAAAACUUUUCCCUGUCUAAAUGCUUUUAUAGUCUCUAGGGCAGAAACAGGAAAUUUAUUACCUAAAGAGUGACUUUAUAAAUGUGCUAUAUUUAAUAUAGUGUUAGAGAUAAGUUACAAAUAAGGACAAAUGUUCACAGAUAAUUAAGCUGUGAAAGUAACACAUUCACUGCAAUGUCAAAUGAUUAGAAGUAAAGUGGCCUGCACUCAUGAACAACAUCCAUUUCCCUUUUGGGUACAGAGAUGCGAUUCCACCCAAGAGGGAAAACAACCAUCACCACAAGAGUCUCCUAACUCUCAGAUGUUAAGACUAUCUCCCAACAACUGACCCUAACAAUAAUUCAUAAAAGGAGACUGCUGAAUACCUUCAACCACAGGCAGCAUUUUUGGAAUUGUUGUGUUGGGUUUGGAGACUUGUGAUUUUUUUGUGGGGGAUUGUUAUACAACAAUAUUAACUAACAAUCUGCAGUCAAAUGUUGCAGUUGUUGGAUGUAAAAUCAUGUGUUUUAAUGUACAAUCAGAGAUGAGUUGGUAUAUGGAUUACACCUUAUUGUGUGCUGUGAUUCUCAGGGCAGUGGGUAUUAUUCCCUAAUGCGCCUUCAUAUUUUAAAAGUACUGUUAGUAUUUGAAAGACAAACUAUAAGCAUCAAUCUUCUAAUGGUUACCUUGCAGUCUUUAGUGGUUUCUACAUGGGACUGUAACUUCAGCUGAUCGAAGCUACUUGGGUGAUAUAGCCAUCCCUUAAAUUUGAAUCGUACUUUAAUUGACAUUCUGUCCCAAAUUAUAAGAUUUAAAAACAGUUUUUUUUUAAACAUUUUUAGUUAGAUUUCACCUCAUGAAUGAUUUAGGUCGAUUCCCAAUACCAUUACAGAAUUUAAUUGCCUAUGCUUUCUAUUCCAGCACAGAAGUUCCUGCCGACGGAAAUAUAAUUAGGAUAAUGGAGUUUUUAAAAAUAAAGUAUUUGUACAAUGCCUAUUUUGUGCCUUUUUUUUGCAUUGCCAGUAAAGUCACAUCAAUUCAUGCGCUCAAUACUUGAAAAGCAGUUCCUUGUUUAACCAUCCCAAGAAGAUUUUCUCCCCCCAUUGGUAAGAUUGUAUAACAUACAUGGCAGAGAAUUGCAGAUUGAUUGAAUGGGCUGGUUUGUAAGGGAUUCUUAUACUUCCACAGCUUUCAUAUUCAGCUUCAUAAAGUGUUCCUCUCUGAUGCUGGAUUUGUAAUUUGAAAAGUGUAAAUGUUUUGUUGUCAAGUAGAUUUUAGAAAUGGUAUUAAAUGGUAUACAUUGCUCCUUUGAACUUAGUGUAUUAAUUCUGAUCUGUACACUACUAAUGGAUUUCUUUCCCUUGGAUUUGACUUAUAUUUUAAAAAGUUGUAACUGAAUUGUUCAUUUGUAAUAAGAAAAAAAACAAAUCCCUGUAUUCCUGUGCAUUUAUAUUGUAAAUCAGACAAUCUUAGUUCCCACCUUUCAAACUGGCUUUUUCCGUGUGUGACCGAGUAUGAAAUUAGUCCUACCAAAGGUUGAAAAGGGAAACCAGUAGUGAAUAUAUGAAUCUGAAACAAAAGCUGUCUCCUUUAUAUGAGUGAAUGAGGACUGACAACAAACAGCAUAUUGGUGUGUUUUAAUGUCCAGGCUGCCCAUUCCUGCUCGUAGAAUGGUGAAAAGGCUCCUGAAAAGCUUCAGAGAUGAAAGAAGGCAAUAUAUCUUUUUAAAUUAUUUCUUAAAAGGCAACAUGCAGCAGUGUAAUG